GAGGUCUGAGAGACAGCCGGAGCACGCAUAUCAUACGCGCACUUCUGCAAAACGAGACAAUUUGAAAAGAGAGUUUUCUGAGUGUGGAGACGCUUCACUCAUCACUCUAAUUAAACAUUGCCAUCACUCAGCAACAUGAAUCUAUUCCUAUUGGCGGCUGUGUUUUCAGUGGGUUUAGCCGAAAAAUCACCACGGCUGAAAUUCAACGUAAUGGAAUCGCCUCGGUUUCGCUUCAUGAAACCAGAAAACUACACGUCAGUUUACCAUGAACAGGGAACAGAUGUCCUGUAUGUGGGGGGCCAGGAGGUCGUCUAUAAGCUUACCUUCAGUGAUAAAGGAGUGCAUGACAUUCAGAUCCCUGUGGUGAUGGAUGAGAUUGCAAAACAGACAUGUGUCUCUAAAUCAGCAGCACGGAAGCAUGAGUGUGAUAAUUUCAUCACUGUAAUUGAGAGAGUUGGCGACUCCUUCAUGGUGUGUGGGACAAGAGCAGGUGCUCCAAAAUGUUGGCUCCUGGUGAAUGACAGUGUACUGAUGGACAUGCAACAGGAAACAUCAGCAUCUGAGAUCUUGGCACCUUUCCCCUCUCAGCGCUCCAUCAGUCUGUCAGCAGGUGGAAAUCUUUACUCUGCUCUGUCAGCAGUUGCAGGGCAGACUGGCUCUAUCCGUCGUACCUAUGGCUCCAAAAAGCUGCUAAAGUCAGAGAGUAAAUGGUUGCAGAAUCCCCAGUUUGCAGGAGCUGCUGUGAUUCCACACAGCGAGAAUCUCAAAGAUGAGAUCUAUUUCUUCUUUAGUGAGGUCAACAAUUCAGCAAGUUUUGAUGAAGAGCCAUAUAGAGCUCGGAUAGGACGAAUCUGCAUGGUUGACGAGGGAGGGCUUCCAAAUUUGUUGCCAAACUCCUGGACUACAUUUCUGAAGGCUCGUGUGAUGUGUGGGAAAGCUGGAACUCCCGUUCAGUACAACAACAUCAAGCAGACGUUCGUUCUGACUUCUGACCAUCUCCGCACUGGGGUGAUGUACGGCCUCUUCUCCAAUGCCUGGAACACCACUGUAGUGUGUGCAUACUCUAUUGAGGACAUUGACAACUCAUUUUUUACAUCUAAACUGAGGGGCUACAACUCACCUUUGACUUUGCCACGUCCUGGAACGUGUGCUUUCAAAAAUAACACAGCGGCUCAUAACCAGAAGAUUCUGACUGUGAUCAGGGAUCACCCUGAGAUUGAGGACAUGAUCAGACCGGUUGGAAAGGAUCCUCUAGACUUGCCAGUCCAAGACCAUUUCACCCACAUUGUGGGUGACACAGUCCUUGCUGUCAAUGAUGAGCACUAUAGCGUCAUUUAUCUGGGCACAGAGAAGGGUAAAGUCCUGAAGGUGCUCCAUACCAUAGAAGGAGCCUUUAUCAUUGCACAGUAUUCCUUAUUCCAUGACGAUAGUCCCGUCAUCAACAUGGCUAUUGACUCCAAAAAGGGUCAUCUCUAUGUUGGCACAGAGAUAGAAGUGCAGCGCCUCCCUCUGGCUGACUGUGGUCGCUAUGGGGUCAGCUGCCGGGAAUGCAUCCUUUCUCGAGAUCCAUAUUGUGCAUGGGAUGUGACCAAGCAAAAGUGUACUGCUAUCCCUGCAGACUACAACUUAAGCACUGGAACCCUUAUUCAGACCCUUGACCACUCCAAUGCCUCAGUCUGUGGAGAUGUUAUAGCUACAAAGACACGUAGCACCAUACCCAAAGAGGUGUUAGUGGAUAAAGAUGGACCAGUGCUGCUACCAUGCCCUGUGCGUUCCUACCAUGCCACAUACCUCUGGGAGAAAGACAACUGCAUCAAGCUAUAUCCUUGCACCAUCUCGGGCUCUUCCUGUGUGCUUGCACCCACCCCUGACCUGCCUCUGAAAGAGGGCGUAUUCCGCUGCAUGGCGGAGGAGAAUGGUCUGAAACAGGAGGUGGUGUCCUAUAAGCUGGUGUUCAAUGGUGGGCCCCUCUCCCCCUCAGUAGCCUCCACUCUGGGGUCAGCUCUGCUGCUGGCUGCUGCGGUGCUCUGGCUUCUGUAGAUCAUCAAUUGAAUGCUGAGGGGUCAGAAGGAAACAAGAUGAGUGGAAGUUAUGCUAAGGUCAGCAGAGCAUGAAUACUUAGGCCUGUCCAACUUAACUGCAGGGGAUCAGCUUAUCUCUGUAUAAACUGUUUCUUGUUUCAUAUUUGGAGUAAUUCCACAUUAAUUAUUUUCUUUUAGGGGCCGAGAAAAUGCCUGAAAGUGUCUCAUUUCACAAAAUGCUAUCAUAUCAAUCAUACCAACUGCAGUGUUAGUUUUCUUUAAUAUAAUAUCAUUUUAUCUACUAUAGAAUUGCUGAGUUACAGAUUUGUUUAAAAUUGCCGUAUUGUUUAAAAAUGAAUUUGUAUUUUAUAUCCUUGGAUUUUCCAUUGUGUGCUGCUGAGACAGUUCUAACGCCUUAAAACAGGGAUGAGUCGCUUUAAGAUGUAAGGGCCCCAUCCUAAGCACAACUUGUAAACAGAGCAUUACCUGCAGAAUCUGCUGUUUUUUUUGCCCCCCUGAGCAUUUAGCAUUCCGGCCUGACACAAAGUUAAUUCAGCAUGAUUUUAGGAGUACACAAGUUAAGCCUGUAUAGAAAGCUUGAAUUGUAUGUUGAAGACUAACAAGUCACUAGCAGUUUCGAAUUCGAAAUUUGAUUUUCAAAACCUAUUCCAUUUAAAAGAUAAAUCAGAUGCUGCGGAGAAUAGCGUGAAGCCUCCACAUGCGCUAGGUCUCCGCGGUAACGUGCUCAACAAGCCACGUAAUAAGAUGCGCGGAUUGACUGUCUCACACGCGGAGGCAACUGGGAUUUGUCCUCCGCCACCUGGAUUGAGGCGAGUCACUACACCACCACGAGGACCUAGAGCACAGUGAGAAUUGGGCAUGCCAAAUUGGGGAGAAAAGGGGAGAAAAAAAACAAAACAUAAAUUAGACAUCACAGAAAGCAGAAAAUUGAUAGAGAACCAGAUUCAACCGCCUUUGCUCAGUGGGUGAACAGAAAAAACAAAGGACUUAGAAAGUUUAUCUUGGUAUGCCACUGUGUUUAAAAGAAAAUGACAUGGACACUCUUGUAUCCAUAAUGCCUGUAAUUUUCAUGCUCAUGAACCUUUCAGAUUUUCCAAACUUUUACAUUGUGUUCAUAUGAAUUAUUGGGCAAAUAAACUUAAAAAGAUGUGACGUAGAGUUGCAUUUUGUAAUUGUAGUGAAGAGGCUUGUGAUCUGUUUUAAUUAUAAUGCUCUGCAUAUGUUGUUCUUCACCAUUGCUGCCUAUUGGAGAGUAUUCCAGAUGGAUUUUAAUAGUCGCCUGCACUACAGUGUAAAUUUGUCAUUUAUCAUCACUUCAACAUCAACCACCAAUAAAACCUUAUGUUGGCUAAAGGGACAAAAAAAGGAGACACUUCCUAACUAGCACAGUUAUAAUUACAUCUACACCCCUAACUCAGCCCCACACACCACCCUUUCUGUUUUUUUCUCUCUCAAAGCAACCGACCCCAAAUACCAAUUCCAUCUUUAACCUGUUUUUAACCUUGUUCUUCACUGUAUGAGCAGGAGUGAGACUUUUCUUUUCUUUCUUUCUUUCUUUUUUUUCUUUUUCUUUCUUUUUUUUUUUUUUUUUUUUUUUUACAGUGUAAUGAA